CAAUAUGGAUGCAGCCGUGGAUACCGCGUGUGAAGUGUGCGCGUGAUUUAUAACUUACCUCGACCGUAUCCUAGUGUUUCAAUCACUAUUAUAAAACUGAAGCAUGAUAACCUGCGCAAUUUGCAUCAAAAAUUUCGGACAGUCGUGAGAAGGGAAAACUUGCAACAUGGUGCACAGUAAAAUAUUCGCACGAAAUCGUGCGCUCGGUUAUGUUAGCAAUCAUAUACCGCUGUUGACACGGUACAUCCUCCGUAAGAAGGAGCAUCUCAUUGUUACGUGCAUCGGCAGAGCGUUUCACACGUAUGGAUGCAAGCAUUUUACGCUGCUGACCGUGUCCGGCCUACACCCGGAUGAUAUCACCGCCAUGGCCACCGACACGUUCCAUGUGUACACUGCCAGCGCGAACAAUGUGUAUGCAUGGCGUCGAGGGACAGACCUGAAGCACACCUACAAGGGCCACAAGGGCCCGGUACAUCUCCUACUACCGUUCGGUGCUCAUUUGCUAUCGGUCGACGAGAUAAGCAACGUGAUUGUGUGGGACAUCAAGGAGGAGACAAUGUUGUUGGAGUUGAAUUUCAGCAAUACCAUAUUUAAGAUCACCGCAAUGAUGCAUCCCAAUACUUACAUGAACAAAAUCUUGUUUGGCAGUAAGCAAGGUCAGUUGCAACUGUGGAACAUCAAGAAAGCUAAGAUGAUUUACACAUUCAAGGGAUGGGGUAGCAGCAUCACUGCAUUGGAGCAAGCUCCAGCAUUGGAUGUAGCAGCUAUAGGCUUGCAAAACGGCAAGAUUAUCUUGCACAAUCUUAAGUAUGACGAGAGCAUCUUUGACUUGAUGCAGGACUGGGGCUCAGUGGUAUCCAUCAGCUUCCGAACAGAUGGCCAGCCGAUCAUGGCUACUGGCAGUCCAGACGGUCACAUCGUCUUCUGGAAUCUGGAACAGCGCACGAUGGAGAACCAGAUUACUCAAGUGCACGGCGCCGCCGUUACCGGACUGAAGUACAUCCCGAACGAGCCGAUGUUGGUCUCGUCCUCAGAUGAUAAUUCUCUGAAGCUGUGGAUAUUCGACACGACCGGUGGCGCAGGCAGGCUUCUGCGUAUACGAGAGGGUCAUGCCGAACCACCGAGGCUGGUCCGCUUCUAUGGGAACGAUGGUAAUUACCUGUUGACCACAGGUGGCGACUCAUCGCUUCGGCUGUUCUCCACCGUCACAGAAAUAUUAAACAAAAGUUUAGGCAAAGCGUCGUUCAAUCGGAAAGCUUCCAAACGAAAGUCUCGUUUGGAAGAGGACACGCUGAUCAUGCCACCGAUCAUAGAUCUCUCCGCUGAAGUGACGAGAGAGAAGGAAUGGUGCAACGUGGCAGCCAUACAUUUCGACUUGCCUGUAGUCUCCACGUGGUCGACUUAUUUACAGAAAAUGGGGGAGCUGAAGCUGGUUCCCGAGAGGUUCCAGAAAAAUCGCAAUCAAAACGUUACAGCAACCAGCCUGUACAUUACCAAGUGCGGCAACUUUGUCGUGAUUGGUUACAGUACAGGACAUGUGGACAGAUUCAAUAUCCAAUCUGGUAUCCAUAGAGCAUCGUACGGAGAUGAGAAAUGCGCUCACAAAGGUGCUGUCAGGGGUGUCAUGGUCGACGAUCUAAUGCAAACUGUCAUGACUGCUGGCCAAGACAAGCUGAUCAAGUUCUGGGAUUUCAAGCCCAAAGAAGAUAUGACUGAUGCGAGGACGAUUAUGAAGCUGAAACAAUCGGUCCAAUGGAUACGAUAUCACAAUGAGAGCUCUCUUGUAGCUAUGUGCUUAGAAAAUUACAACAUUGUUUUAUUGGACUUGGAUACCAGGAAGAUAGUUCGAUGUUUUGAAGGACACAUGGCCCCAGUAACAGAUGCCUGCUUCAACCCUGACUCCAGGUGGUUGAUCACAGCGUCUAUGGACUGUACUAUUCGUACCUGGGAUAUACCAUCUUCACAUAUGAUAGACAUCUUUGAGGUAACCGAGCCUUGCGUGUCACUACACUUCUCCCCAACCGGCGAGUUUCUGGUGACGGCGCAUCUUGGCAGCCUGGGAGUGUUUCUGUGGUCAAACCGUAUACUGUUCUCACACGUCUCGCUGAAAGCCAUCAAUGAGGACGACAUAGUGCCCGAAGUAGAACUGCCCGGCACGUCUAUGGACACUGAGAAGCUCAACGAGGACAAUGACGUCGUCGCCGUAGAGCCAGAUUAUGUGUCGCCCGAGCAGCUUGAUGCUGCUCUCAUAACAAUGUCCGCUGUGGCGCAAACGAGGUGGCAAAAUUUGCUUGACAUCGACAUCAUCAAGCAGCGAAACAAACCGAAACAAGCGCUCAAAGUAUCAGAAAGCGCACCCUUUUUCCUACCCACGAUUCCAUCACUUGAUCUGCGCUUCGACUUCUCGAACGUUAAGGUCAACCAGAACUCUGAACAGGUGCAUACGAAUCCAACUUUGGAGGAUUUUACGUUAUUCAGCAGAAGUCUGCAAUCUACCGCCACGACUGACGACUUUUCAGACGUGGUGGAGAAACUGAAGACUAUGAGUGCUAGUGCCAUUGAUUUCGAGAUCCAGUCGUUAUCUAUGGACGAGGCUUUGUCCAUGUCGUUGUUGAUGCAAUUCAUAAAGAUGAUUCACUACAUGAUGCAACGUCAGACGGACUUCGAGCUAUCGCAGGCGUACCUGGCAGUGUUCCUCAAAUGGCACAGCAGGACGUUAAUAGAAAAGGAUACAUUACGAGAUUAUAUGCGAGUGCUUCAAGAAAUACAAAAGAAGAACUGGCAUAUACUACGAGAUAAACUGUUUUACAAUAUUAGUGUUGUACAAAGUCUAAAAAAGAUGUGACACAAACAAGUGAAA